AUGAGCUGCGAGUUGUAAAAAUUUAGGAAAGGAUACAUCGAGAAAGAUAUUCCUAUGAAAUAAUUUGAUUUUGAUGAAAAUGAUAGCUCUUCUUUUUUUGAUUAUGAGGAUUAACAAAAUGGAUUGGAAACAGCUGAUCAAAGCAUACAAUUAGAUAAUUUUAAUGACUACUCAAUUGAAACCUAAGAGAAAAUCAUUUUUAUAUAUCCUCCUUAGCUUAAAAAGAAUAAUAAUACCUCUGUUUUCAAUUAAAGAAAUGUCGCUUAAGAGCAAUUAUAGAGCACAUUCAUAAGGUCUUUUCCAAAAACAAAUAAAAAACUAUUUAAGCCCUUGAGAUGCUGUUUUGAAAGAGAAGGCUAACUUAAAUAUAAAAAAUAGGAUGUUUAUUGCUAAGUAGAAAAUAAACAAUUUACUGUUAAAAAUACAAAAGAGUCUAAAGAGAUUAUUAUUUGCAUCAGAUUUGAUAUUUUCCCUUCUUCAGUUAAAAUAGUCUAUAAUCCACAAGGGAAAGCCCUCUUUUUGAGAGUGCAGAUUCUAACUCCUAAUUUGCUGGAAUAUGAUUUUUAUCAUCAAGAUUCUAAUGAAAUUCAAAAUUGGUUCAAAGAUCUCAAUUAUCAAAUACUUGUUUAAUUAGAUUAAAUCAAUUUAAAACCAGAAUACUCUUUGAUUGAUAAUUUUUAGAAAAAAGUAUUUAUUACUGAAUAAGAAUUUCUUUCUGAUGCUGAUUCGUUAGAUUUAGUUUUUUUUGUUGGAAAAUCUUUUGGUUCAAAAAUUACUAGAGUUGUCAGUUUUAGCGAAUAUGAUCACGUAGCUUUAAUUUUAAGAGGAGCUAACGACUAAAUAUUUUUCUUUGAAGCUGGAUAAAAUCAUGGUGUCUCUUUAUACAGUUGGGACAAAUUUAAAAAUUAUAAUUGGAGAGAUUUUUAUAAAUUCAUUGUGUUUAGAAAACUCCAUUGUGAAAGAACAAAUCCUAUGAUAGACAACCUUGAGAAGUUCGUUAAAUCAGCUGCAGGUAAAAGCUAUGAGCUAAGUUUGUCAAAAUUAUUUAAAAAAAAAAGCUUUGUUAACUAAAUUGAAUCGGAAGAAGGCAGAACAUAUUUCUGUUCUGAAUUAAUAGCUGCAGCCUAUAAGAGAAUGGGUUUACUACCUAAAGAUAUAUCAUCAGCUUAGUAUUGGCCUAGAAAUUUUACUGAACAAGGAUAGAUUAAUCUCUAAAUUGAAAAUAGCUAUUUAUCUGAAGAAAAAAUCAUUUAUAUUUGA